AUGUUUUCUCGUACUAUAUUGGUUUUUACGACCUGGCAGAAAAAGUGGUUAAAAAAGCAAAAGACUAAUGACGAUGCUCUUGAUGUAAUUACGGACGAUAUCAAUGACUAUGAAAAAAUCGAUUCGUUUUCGGGAAUUCAUAUUCCCAAAUCUUUAGCGACAACAUCUUAUUUAACCUAUUCGACUGACGAUACUACCAAAGUGGACGCGUUUGAAGAAAAUAAACCUCACGACGCGCAAUCUGUCUCUAAAGAUUCUGAGAAUAAGAUCUAUACAAACGACCAUAAAUCUGUUUCAAUAUAUAAUCUUGAACAAUAUUCUAGGAUCAUUCCUUGUAGUGAUGAAAAAGAAUUAAAUGAAAAAAGUUCAACUUCAUUAUCAAAUCCUCCCAAAGAUAUACAUCACGUGACAGAUACAACUUUAUCUAGAGAUUUUAAUCAAAAUAAUGAUUUUGCUUUACACAAAUCUAAUUCAAAGAAAAAGAAAUCUAAAAAUAUUUUCAAAGAUAUUGAAACAACAAAAAAUAAUUCUUUAACUAGAUCUCGAUCAGAUACACUUUUAUGGCCUAAAAUUAGAAAACAAUUAGAUUCAAUAAAAACAAAUGAUUCACAUUCUCCCAUAGUUCAUUCAUUUACUUACUCAACAGAUAAUAAAUCAAUUCAAAGAUAUAAUGUAUAUGAAUCAAAUUCAAAUAAGAGAUUCUCUUUAAGUACACCUUCAGUGGUUACUCCAAGAAAAGCGGUUGUUGUAUCUGAUGAAGUAAUUAUAAAUAGUAUUGUAACUAGUGAUGUUUCUUCACCUACAAAUAUUAAUUCACCAAAUCAGAUUACAGGAAAAUCAAUAAAUUCUAACAUGGAAAUUAAAAAUAAUAAUGAAGGAAAUUCAAUUCUUCGAUCUAAACGUUCGAGUGUAUAUAACAAAUUUUCAAAUCGUGGAAUUAAUCCCAAUACACAUGGAAUAGUUGUUGAACCUUGUCUUGCUGAAGUCAACAUUGAGAAUAUCAAGGAACUCCGAAUCGGUGAAGCAAUAAGAAAUUAUCGUGAACUUUUUAAACUUAGUAUGGAAUAUGAGUCAAAAUGGUUCACCAUAGUUCAUGUUGAUUCAGGAAAAUAUAAAACUUUACACUUGGUUGCACCCACAGCAAAAUUAUUUAAAAUAUGGGUAGAUAAUUUAGAAAGACUUUAUUUACAUAGAAGAGAUUUGAUGGGAGGAUUAGGACAUUUAAGAAGACGACAAUCGGUUUGGCUCAAACAACAUUGGAAACAAGCCAAUAAAGAUGCUGAUUCUAAAUUAGGAUUUGAUGAAAUAGUCAGAUUAUGUCAUCAUUUGAAUAUAAAUAUGUCCAAAGCAAUAUUGAAAGCCAAAUUUGAUGAAGCCGAUAAAAAUAAGGUUGGUUGGCUCGAUUUUGGAGAUUUUCAGGGAUUUGUAAAAUUAAUUAAAAAAAGAGUUGAAUUGGAAGAGUUAUUUAGCUCAUUGGCAACGUCUCAGGAUGAGGUCUUGAAACCAACUGAAUUUAAAGAUUUCCUAAUCAAUAUCCAAAAGUUCAAUUUAAAAGAAGAAGAAUAUGAUAAUUUGUAUUAUAAAUUCUGCGACAAAGAUCGUAAAGAAAUGAGCCUUGAAGGAUUUAGUAGUUUUCUUAUGUCCAGUGAUAAUUCAGUAUUUUCACCAGAAUAUGCCAAAAUAUAUCAGGACAUGAAUCAACCACUUUGUCAUUAUUUCAUUGAUUCAUCACAUAACACGUAUCUACUUGGACAUCAGUUAACUGGAGAAUCUUCGAUCGAAGGAUAUAUACGCGUUUUGCAAAGAGGUUGUCGUUGCGUUGAAAUCGAUUGUUGGGAUGGACCCGAUGGACCUUUGGUUACGCAUGGUCAUACUUGGACAUCGAAAAUUUUGUUUCGAGAUGUUAUAUCAGCCAUUCGUACUUAUGCAUUUAAAGCUAGUCCUUACCCAUUAAUAUUAUCGUUAGAGGUUCAUUGUUGUAUUGAACAACAAACCAAAAUGGCUGCAAUUUUACGUGAUAUAUUGGGAGAAUAUCUUGUCACCAAGUUUUUAUCUGAUAAUGAAUCAACAUUACCAAGUCCAGCAAGUUUAAUGUACAGAAUAUUAAUAAAGGGUAAAACUAUUUCUGCAGAUGUAACAGAUGAUUACUUCACUGAUUCGGCCACGGAUACCGAAUCAGCCACAGAUACUGAAUCGGAUGUAGAAAGCUCCAAAGACAUAAAAGAGACGCAGAAAAAGAAGACAAAACUUAAAAGUAGAAAAACUGUCGCCAAAGCUCUUUCGGAUUUAGUUUCUUACUGCUCGGCCGUGAAAUUUAAAGGAUUUGAAUAUCAUUCUGAGAAUUCUCGUUACUUUCACAUGUCCUCAUUUAGUGAAAAAGUAGCAUCGCGGUACAUCAAAUCUGAUAAAAAAGGUUUUAUUCGCCAUAAUACUCGUCAUUUAUCCCGUAUUUAUCCAUCUGGAUUUCGGAUAAAUUCUUCAAAUUAUGAUCCUCAUCAUCAAUGGGGUGCUGGGAAUCAGAUGGUAGCUUUAAAUUGGCAAACCUUUGAUCUUGGAAUGCAAAUCAAUCAAGCUAUGUUUACUGUAAAUGGUAGAUGUGGUUAUGUACUUAAGUCAGAACGUUUACGUAAUGCCGAUAUAAUUCAAUCGGUUUCUACAACUACCUCACAAACCUUAAUCAUCAAAAUUAUAUCCGCCCAACAACUUCCUAAACCAAAGGAAGCGAUUAAAGGUGAAAUUAUUGAUCCAUUCGUUGAAGUCGAAUUAUUAGUUCCGGGUGCUGAUCCAGUUAAAAAAAGAACAAAAACCAUUAGCGAUAACGGAUUUAAUCCAACUUGGAAUGAAGUAAUAAAAUUUCCAAUGGAUUUUGAGGAAAUAAAUUUAGUUUUUUUACGGUUUAUCGUUUGGGAUGAAGAUACUAGAAACAAUGAUUUUAUUGCUUCUUAUUGUAUUCCCAUGGCUAGUUUACAACUUGGUAAAAUAUUUUCUGUAAAUCUUAAAGAAAUAUUUAUUACAAUUAUUGAUAUUCAAUUAAUUGAUUUAAUAGGUUAUCGUCACGUUCCACUCAAUGAUUUUAACGGGGAACAAUACCUUUUUACCACACU